UUCAGACUGUGACCCGAACACAUGUGUUCCAGCAUGAGGGGCGUACUCGUAUCCCUCUAGUACAAAAUACCUGGUUUAGAAGAGCUGAAUCUGGUCGUCAUUCGCUGUAAAGCAGUUGAAAUAGAACCAAGACCAUCACUAAGUGAUACAGACAGAAGUGAGAUGGACCAGUGUGUGCUUGUGUCAGCUGACAACAGCCACGCCCCCAUCCCCCUGUCACAUGACCAGCCUGUGGUCCUGGGGCGGGGUCCACUAACCAGAAUAGCUGACAAGAAAUGCUCCAGACAGCAAGUUGAACUGACUGUGGACAUUGAGAAGAAAAGUGUGACACUGAAACAGUUGGGUGCCAAUCCCUGCAGUGUUGGAGGAAAAGAGCUCAACUCAAAUGAAACCACCACCCUGCACCAUGGGCAAGACUUCUGUAUGCUGUUUGACAAGUUCCCUCAGCGUGUAGAAUUUUCUUCAUACACAGACACCAAGAAGCCCCAAAAUAAGCCAAAAGAGGCUAAGACUAAAAAACAAGACACUGAUAGUUCUUCAUCAAGUAAAAAUAUCCUGCACUUUUUCCAGAAGAAACAAGGGGUCAAAAGACCACCCAGUCCCGAGGCAAACCCUUUACCUGUAAAGAAACUAAAGCCUGGGAAGAAGUUGGCGGCCAUGUCAGACAGUGAGGGGUCAGAGAAUGAUGAUGACAUUGUGCAGGGCAGGGGGGUUAACCCGGGGAAGUCACCAGCAAAGGAGAAGCUGAAAGACAUGUCAGACAGUGAAGAGUCGGACUCAGAACACAGGAAAGACAUCCAGGAGAGACUGAAACGUUUGGGACAGAUGUAUGAGGCACAGUCUCCAGAAAAAGGAGCAGCAAAACCAGAGAACACAGGAGGGAAAGUUAGACCUGGGGGAUCAGCCAUGUCAGGUACACCAACCACUGAUGCAUGCUGGGAAGAAUUUGGUGAACUGCUAGUCUAUACCAGCAAGGGUGUACAGGGUUGUAGUAAGGUCGCCAGUUUUGACAUUGAUGGAACGAUUAUCGUGACCAAAUCUGGGAAAGUGUUUGCACAAGACACUUUUGACUGGAAAAUUGCCUUCUCAGAAGUUCCUGGGAAGCUGAAGAAGUUGAUUUCUGAAGGAUACAAGGUCGUCUUCUUCACCAAUCAGAUGGGAAUCCAAAGGGGGAAGAUCAAUGAGAAGGACUACAGAAGGAAGGUGGAAGACAUAGUGGCCAAGCUUGGCAUUGCAGUUCAAGUUUAUGUUGCUAGGGGGAGUGGGAAGUACAGGAAGCCUGUAACAGGCAUGUGGGACCAUCUAGUGGAGAGGGGAAAUGAUGGUGUACCUGUGGACAAGGAUGCCAGCUUCUACAUCGGGGAUGCAGCAGGAAGACUGGUGAACUGGGCCCCGGGGAGGAAGAAGGACUUUGCCUGCAGCGACCGUCUGUUUGCGAUAAACAUCGGACUCACCUUCCACACUCCCGAGGAAUAUUUCCUCGGCUACAGGAAGGCCACGUUCAAGCUACCCGACUUUGACCCAAGAAAGCUGGAUGCGGAUGGUCCUCUGUACGCUCAACCCACUCUUUUGUCCUCGGCACCCGAGGUUAUAGUGAUGGUGGGAUGUCCCGCUUCGGGAAAGACGUUCUUCGUCAAACAGAACCUGGUGUCCCAGGGGUACGUCCACGUGAACAGAGACGUGCUGGGUACGUGGCAGAAGUGCGUGGCGGCGUGCAGCCAGGCGCUGGCCGGCGGGAAGGGCGUGGUGGUGGACAACACCAACCCUGACGUGGAGUCCAGGAAGCGGUACGUGGACUGUGCGCGCCAGGCGAAGGCGCCGUGCCGCUGUUUCGUGAUGGACAGCUCGCUGGACUUGUGUCGCCAUAACAACCGGUUCCGCGACAUGACCUACACGGGUGCGGGGCACGUGAAGGUGGCGGAUCCCGUCAUAUUCUCAUUUCGGAAGAAAUACGUGGAACCUCAGAUAUCCGAGGGGUUUGACGAGAUCAUAAAGGUGAACUUUGUGCCAAAGUUUGAAGACAAGAAGCUUGAGGCCAUGUACAGGCAAUUUUCAGGUUAGGUCUGG